AUACUGUUUCUUCUGACUCUUUCACUGCAUUCCCUUAAGUAAAAUGGCUGCAGCAAGCUUCAGUGCCAAACAACUACGUACAGAAUGGCGUUAUCGGAUUCGUUGGCUGGGUGUCCGCCUUUGUGACGCGCGUUCCAAUGUUUAUAAAAGCUCUUGCGACAGCUCAUUCCACUUUAUCCCAAGGUUCUGAGAGGUAAAAUGUAUCGUCUUCAUUCACAGGCAUUCACCGGAGUUUCAGUCACUUCUACAUUCAGGCAUUUCUACCCCAUUCCGAUAGAAGAUUCUAAACUGAUUCCUGAGAGACGUUUUAGUAAAAAGUGCUCUUCCAUCGGCUGACUUUUACUCCCACUCGCAGAGAGAGAACCGAGAGGCACGGCCCGGCCUACAGCGAUCCGGACAGACGAGAAGGACAAAGUGGUGCGGCUCCGCAGUCAUGCCGAAACCUAAGAAGAGGAGUAACCGGGCCGCGGGUGGCCAGCACAAGAAUGUUCAAGCAUUUAGUGAUGAUGAUUCCUCCAUAGAAACCAUGAGCCACUGCAGUAGCUUCAGUGAUGUUGCUAGCGUUGUUGAAGAAGGUACGGAGGUAGAUGAGUAUGCUGCUCAAGAAGACUUUGAAUACAAACUUAAAGGGUUCAUUGACCUAACAAUGGAUAAAAGUGCAAAGACGAGGCAAGCUGCCUUGGAAGGUCUGAAGACUGGGCUGUCAUCCAAGAUACUUUAUGAUUUUAUUAUGGAAAGAAGAAUGACUCUAACAGAUAGCAUUGAGCGCUGCCUGAAAAAAGGAAAAAGUGAAGAGCAGCAGGUAGCAGCAGCCCUUGCUUGCCUUCUUUGUUGUCAGCUCGGAUCAGGAAUUGAAAGCGAGGAAGUUUUCCGAACCGUUGCUCCAGUUCUAAAAAGCAUUGUUUGUGAUAGGAGUGCAAACACACAAGCACGGCAAGCUUGUGCUACAUAUCUUGGACUCUGUUGCUUCAUUGCUACUGAUGAUGUUGAGGAUGUAUACACCACAAUGGAGUGCAUGGAGAAUCUGUUUACAAAGCAGUAUCAUUCAGAGAGUGCAGCUGAUAACUGUUCAGCACUUCACAUCCAGGCUCUUCAAUCAUGGGCCCUUUUGCUGACCAUCUGCCAUAAUAGUGAAGUGAAGAAGAAACUUGACAUACAUCUCUGUAAGCUUCCACGGCUGCUCUCUUGCGGUGAUGUCAAUAUGCGAAUUGCUGCUGGGGAGACUCUGGCCCUCUUGUUUGAGCUGGCACGUGAAGCAGAUGCAGAUUUUUACUAUGACGAUUUGGAACCCCUGACGCAAACAUUAAAAUCUUUGGCUACAGACUGCAAUAAACACAGAGCAAAGACAGACAGAAGAAAGCAGAGAUCUGUAUUUCGAGAUGUCCUUAGAGCAAUAGAGGAAGGAGACUUUCAGCCAGAAAUGAUCCGAUUUGGAAGGGAGCGCAUUCAUAUAGACAGCUGGGUUAAGCGGCUUACAUAUGGUACCUUUAAGGAACUUUUUGGAUCUGGAAUGCAGUAUCAACUUCUGACAAAUGUAUUUCUGCGCAGUAUAUUUGAGCUUGGCCCACCACUACUGCUGGAUACUGCCACUAUUAAAGCAAUGAAAGUAUCACGUGAGGAAAGGCACAUGAACAACUCUGCUGCAUUCAAAGCGAGAACAAAGGCAAGAAGCAAACUGCGUGACAAGAGAGUUGAUGUUGGCGAGUUCUAUUAAAUUAGUCAGUGGAACUCCUGCUGCUGAAGUGAAUAUACUAAAUGGAUUCUAGUUGCUGGGGAGUGUAGUGGGGGUGACCAUAAAAUGUAAAUGUCAUGUUUUGGGUGCUUUCAGUUGCUCACUAGCAGGCAAUUUGCAGUUCUGCAAGCUAUAUGGUAUCAAAGCAUUACACUUUAUUAAUAUAUGAAUUGUGUGGUGACAAUAUACUAUUUAAUUUCAUGCAAGUAAAUGUCAGCACUUCUAUUCUAACAACCAUUACGAUAUUAAGAUGCAGAAUUUAUGACUUUUCUACUGUGUAAUGAAAUUUGGUUUAGGAAAAUGUUACAAUCCACAUAACUUGUCUCUUAAUGAUUCAUUUUGUCCUGUUAUAUUUUAUUGUGCCAGUGUUCCCUUUAUUUUUUUUCUCCUGUCAUUUGUUUAGUCACGCAUAACUGAUUAAUAAUCCAGUAUUAAAUGAAAUUCUAUAUAAAUGUUAAUAAAAAAAAUGCUGCCUUG